AUGUAUAAUGAGAGAAGAAUUGAGCUACACAAAUUAAACUCGGAUGCCUGGGUUGGUGUAUCUGUCUUUGAGGUAGACAGGAACAAACUAGAUUCUAGUAUUAAGAGAAAUACCGGUUUCAUUAAGAAACUAAAAAAAGGUAUUACCAAAGAGAACAAAGACACUUUAUUGAAAGAUAUUAAGGAAGUUUUCUUGGAAAAAUACCUUUCUGAAGUAAUAGUUACUGUCAAUGAAGGAUUGUCCCUCGUCCCUAACAAAAAUGAUGAUAUUUCGGCUGCAGUGGAGAUAAUUUGUGCUUUACAUCAAAGGUUUUAUUCCAACUUUACCGGUAAAUUGUUUGAAUUGUUUCUCCAGAACUUUAUUAAUCCUGGUGAUGAUGAACUAGUCUUAGAGAAAGAUGAAUUGGUCAGAAUGAAAAAGAUAAGAUCCAACUUUAGGAUUUUGACAGAACUUUAUCUAGUUGGUGUCUUCCCAUCGUUAGACAUUGCCGAAUCGAAGGAAAAUGUUCCAUUGUAUUUAAGGAAGAAAGUUGGUAAAAAGGAACCAUUUCUUGUUGCUAUUCUAAAAGAGCUUUUAAACUACAAAUUUAAACUAGGUUACACCACUUUGCUGGCAACCCAAUUGGCCAAAAAAUACUUUACAUUUUUUGAUGACAAUGAUGCGUCUUGGGACUUAUUAAUACCCGAUGAAAACCUCAAAGUGUCACUGCAGGCGAUAUAUGAAGUAUUUGUGGAAGCGGUCUUUAAUAAGACUGUGGAAUUGGACAAAAAGCUUGCCAAACUAAUGAAAGAACAUCAAAAAUGUCAAAUUAGAACAGGUAAAGCUGUAGACGAAUACAUUGAAGAAUAUAAUUUGUUAUUACCUGUCUUACAGAGAUUUAAGGAAGCUACCGAAGUUUUUGUGGAGUGUUUCAACAAAGAAGCGCCUGGGUUAUCCAGUGAAAAAAACUUGGAGGAUGACGAGCAACCCACCUCCAUUAUUACAAGUCAAAUAGUAUCGCCUGGUCAACGAUUAUGGGAAACCGAUGAGAUGAAACGGUUUUAUGAAAACCUACCCGACAUCGAUGUCGCGAUAAAAGCCUCACAGGAGAGAAACGUAACCAAAACGGAUAAUAAUGAAACAGUUAACCAUUUUUUCGAUGAGCUAGAAAUAGCGGAAACAAAAGAACAAAUUGAUCGAUUAUCUUUUGAAUAUUGGAACUCCGGUAUCGAUAACAGGGCAACAAAAAAUAGACUCUUAAAAUUUUUUAUCGAAGGUCAAGAUUGGAGUAAGAUCAAAAUAUAUUCGAGAUUUUUGGCAUCUAAUAGUAAACAUUUUCCUGAUAUCGUUGAUGAGUUUAUUCAGUACCUCGAUACUGGGUUUAGGAACCAAUUGCAUUCUAACAAGAUCAAUGUAAAAAAUGUUAUUUUUUUCAGCGAGAUGGUUAAAUUUAUGCUAGUCCCAUCAUUUGUCGUCUUCCAUAAGAUUAGAACGUUGAUUAUGAACCUGCAAGUGCCAAAUAAUAUUGAAAUACUGACCAUUUUCUUUGAACAUGCCGGGAAAUUCUUACUUUUCAAGCCAGAAUAUAAAAAUGAAAUGGACAAAAUGGUUCAACUGCUUAAAUUAAAAAUGAAGGAUAGACAGCUGGGAAUGAACCUGAAAAGCGCUUUGGAAAAUACGAUGGUUUUACUAUUCCCGCCCUCUGUUAAAUCACUGAACGUUGAGGACCGUGAACUGACCGAUGAAGAAAAGUUUUAUCAUGUUUUAAUUAGAACUGAAUUGCCAAAUCUUAAAGUCAAGGAGCACAUUAAUCUCAUAUCAAGAGCCACCUGGUCAGAUAACAAUGUUCGGAAUACGUUACACGUAUUGUUUACCGAACCCGAAAAAAUGAAUUAUCAAAAUAUUCCCAUUUUGGCUCGAGUAAUGACCGGACUGUACCCCUAUCGGCGGGAGUUCGUCAUUCGUGUCAUUGAUCAACUCUUAGAGAACAUUGAAAGAGGGCUGGAGAGCAACGCACAUAAUCAAAAUAUGAGCAGAAUUGCUCAAGUAAGACUUUUAACUGAGAUAUUCAAUAUGGAAAUGAUUAAGUCUGAUGUUCUGGUUGACACCAUGUAUCAUAUAAUGAAGUUUGGACACAAGAACAAUCAGCCAACCCCUAUUUCUGCUAGUCCGCUUGAUUUACCGAAUGAUUAUUUUAGGAUUCAACUGCUGUGCACAAUCUUACUGAACAUAACCCGAUUCCCAGUUGCAUUUUUGAAAAAACUGGAGCGUCUAUUAAGAUAUUUUGAGUAUUACACAUUUUGCAAGAAACAGCCAUUACCCAUUGAAACACAGUUUAAAGUAACAGAUGCCUUCAACAACUUUUCGGAUCGGUUUAAUUUUGAAAAAUCUGCAAAUAUAAUGGAGUGUCUUACGAGAUUACAAAGUCUGGCACAGGCUCAAAGUGAGCAACAGCGAUCGCUACCGAUGAAUUCACAAUGUGGGUUAUCAGCUAACGAAAUGCGGAACAUUAUCAAAACUGACGUUAAUGUGACUCAAACGGACAACGAAGCUUAUGAGGAUGGCGAGGAUGAGGAGGAGGAUGAUGAACCCAAAUACGUAGAUGAAAUGGAGGAAGAUGCUGAUAAUCAGAGCGGCGAAAAAGAUGAUCAAGGGGAUGAAGACGAAAAUGAAACAGACAGUGAUUGGGAUAGUAAUACAAGCAGUGAGGAAGAUUCUGACUCAGAAAGUUCGUCGAACGAAAAUUCUGAUAGUGAGUUCAAAUAUAUGGAUGUCGAUAGAGAUAUUGAGUUGAAACGAAUGCAGGAAGAAUACAACAAAAAGCUGAAGAGUCCUGAAGAGCUUAAGAUAGAGGAGGAAUUGGAUAAACAGUUCAACAUCAUGCUUCAGGAAUCGAUGGAGGAGAGGAAAAAUGAAAAGCCGUUAGUUACUGCAAUACCAAUCAUGGUCAACCAGAAUGCAGCGACCACCCCCCUUCUUUCUGAUGGGACUGCUACUAACAACCAAUCUCUUUCAAACAAAGUCGCAUUUACGUUCUUGACGAAAGCAGGCAAAAAAACAAAUACACGUACUUUAGAUUUGCCAAAGGAUGUCAAGUUUGUUUCCGGGGUUUUAGAAGAGGAAGAAAAAUUAAAGAAUGAGAGAGAACAAAUCAAGAAAAUUGUUCUACAAAAAACUUUUGACUGA